AUGUCAACAAACAAAGAGCAUAUAUUUGUAGUUGGUGCUAGUGGAGCUAUUGGAAGUGGUAUUGUUCGUGGUCUUGUCAAACAAGGAUUUAAUACAACAGCUUACGUACGAGACGAGUCUAAGGCAAAGAAUUUAUUCAAAGAUGAACUUCUUACUGAGUGUCUGACAAUCGUUGUUGGUACCUACGCAUCUGUUGAAGUUUAUGAAAAAGCAAUUGAAGGGCAUACUCGUCUUUUUCUUCUUGCUGUUGGCGAUCACAAGAGGCCUACAAGAAUGAGUGAAGUUAAAGAAACUUUUGCAAAGAUAGCUUAUGAAAAAGGUGUACGCCAAAUUGUUGAUCUCUCUUCAUUUACUGUUCGUUCGGUCGGAAGACAAGGCAUUAUUGGAUAUAUGCAUACAACAAGUGAAGAGAAAUUAUGGAAACUUGCCGAUGAACGACCGGAUGAACGAUCCUUAGUCAUAUUACGUCCAGGUGUAUUUAUGAGCAAUCAACUUAUGGCUGAUAUACAAUCAGUUAAACAUUCAAAUAAACUUGUCUCAUGUGGAUCUCCUUCAUCAACAUUUGCAUGGAUUGAUACAAAAGAUAUUUCCGAUUGUUCUGUUGUUAUUUUAACGGAACCCGUCGAGAAGCAUGAUCGUUGUGUUUAUGAAAUGGGUGCUGAAUAUCUAACUCACGAACAACGAGCAGCUGUUUUUACUAAAGUUCUUGGUAGGCCUAUUACAUACGAACAACAACCAGCAGAAGCUCUUUACAAGAUGUUCAUUGGUUUUGGUCUUUCUCAUUCAUAUGCUUAUGAUUUAGUUUCGUUUCCUAUCGAAUCGAUAGCUGGACAUGUUACACCACAAUUAUCUAUUCUCAUCCAUAGACCAUUGCGUACACUUGAAGAGUGGUUGCAAGAAAACGUCAAAGCAUUUCAAUAA